CUCGCAAGAAUCUCCGCUCCCACUUAAACUUCACAGGUCAAACCAAAUCAUCAGCACUCUUACAUUCUCGGUCUUUGAUUUACGCCUGUCCGAACCCCGGCUGAACACAGGCGGGCAUAACACAUCACAAGCCGUUUGCCUUUCUUGGAUAAAAGCCACUUCAUCGGCAACUUCUCCCCUCCCCUUCCUUUUUGCUAGCUACUUCAUCACUUAUCAUCAACGCCAGUAAUGCGAGGACUGGCACGAAUUGCAACCAUGAAUUCCUACACACCCCACCAUCCCGUUGCGGUAUUCGCUGCCGCUGUCGUUGUCCUCAGCUCAGUCCUCACUUAUUUGAAUCGUCGAUGGAAGCAAUAUCGCAUGGCCAGAGCAAACCAAUGCCAACCACCCCCGACCCUCUGUGAAUGGGACCCGGUUUUCGGCCUCGAUGGGAUUUAUCAGCGAAUGAAGGAGGCCAAAGAACACAACUUUCUCGAGAGAAGUGUCGACCGCUUUGAGACCUACGGCAACACAUUCCAAGCUCGUCGGCUGGGCACAACCGUGAUCGCAACGCGCGAUCCCGAGAAUGUGAAAACUAUUCUCUCUCUUCGAUUCAAGGACUAUGGUCUGGGGGAUCGUAUCCACUCCUUCGGGCCGCUCCUCGGACAUGGUAUCUUCACAACAGAUGGCGAGCAUUGGGCCCAAUCGCGGGCUAUGGUCCGCCCCAAUUUCGCCAAGGAGCAGGUCGCCCAUCUUGACAUUUUCGAGGAGCUUAUGGAUGAUUUGCUGGCCCUCAUACCACCCGAUGGAACCACCGUCGAUCUUCAAGAUCUGUUCUUCGGAUUCACCAUCGACUCUGCCACCGAUUUCCUGUUUGGGCACAGCGUAAACAGUUUGAAGAAGCGAAGGGCGGGGCUCCCUCAGAGCAUAGAGGAAGAGAAGGGUUUCGCGGAGGCAUUUAAUUAUUCUCAGUAUGCUAUUGCCACAAGAGCACGCUUGGGCAAGCUAAGAUACCUUUAUCGCGACCCCAAAGCCGAUCAAUGCGAUCGUAUAUGCCAUGAUCUAGUCGAGCAGUUUGUCGACAAGGCUCUACGGACGCGUGAGCGGUGCAGUCAAGAGAACGACACACAGGAGAAGCACAGAUACUUGUUCCUUGAUAGCCUAGCGCAGCAGACUGGUGACCGGACACGUAUUCGUAGCGAGCUGAUCAACGUCCUCCUGGCUGGAAGGGAUACCACCGCAUCCUUACUGAGCAACUUGUUCUUCAUGCUUGCAAAACACCCCGAAGUCUGGCACAAAUUGCGCGAGGAAGUCGCAACACUGGAAGGGCGUACGCCUACAUAUGAGCAGCUGCGCAACCUGACGUACCUAAAGUACUGCCUGAACGAAUCGCUUCGCCUUCACCCCGUGGUUCCUGCUAACGCUCGUUUUGCCCAAACCGACACCAUCCUUCCUACUGGUGGUGGCCCGGAUGGCAAGUCCCGCAUCUUCGUGCCGAAGGGCAGCGUUGUCUCGUAUUCUGUGUUCGCGAUGCACCGGCGCAAAGACUUCUUCGGUUCGGAUGUGCACGAGUUCCGACCCGAGCGGUGGGCUGACCUACGUCCAAGCUGGGAAUAUCUCCCAUUCAACGGAGGACCACGGAUUUGCGUCGGUCAGCAGUAUGCACUGACAGAGGCAGGUUAUGUGACGGCGCGUUUGGCACAAAAGUUCUCGAUACUGGAGAGCCGCGAUCCAGGCCCUUGGGAGGAAAAUUUGACAUUGACAUGCUGUUCCAAAAACGGGACGAAGGUAGGACUAAGAUAGUGCACGGGUUCGACGGCGCCUAUCGAGGAGUCAUCAUGUAUCUUUGGGAAAGCAUGGACGUAAAUCAGGGCGACUCGCAUCACGUUUCGUAUUUUGCAAGCUGUGAAUCAACAUUAAUCUUCACUUCUAAGUACACA